GUCGCUGAAAGGACACACAAGCAGCAGACAGCAUUUUCCAGCCUCUGGCAAUGUGGUACUAGAGUGAAGAGCAGACACAGUGUGAGAGAGCGAGAGAGCGACAUGAGACGCAUACCGAUGCAGCUGUUGCUGCUCGGCCUGCUGGCCAUGCAGCUGGGCGCCCAUGCAACCUCAAUGCCGAGCAACGCCUGGCUGCGUGCGUCGCCGUUUGAACGAAACUCACGCAAUUUGCUGCAUCGCCAUGCAGCACCGCCGCCAGUCGAUGUGGGCGGCAACCUGGAUAUGUUUGCCAACAAUGCGGGCUACAAUAACGAAUAUGCUCAGCUAAUUGCCAUGGAACAACAACAACAGCAGCGGCAGCAACAACAACAGCAGCAAGAACAGGAGCAGCAGCAGCAGCAGCAGGAGCAAAAGCAAGCGGAACAACAGCCACUGUCAGCCGCACUGCGUCAGCCGCAAACGGAGGUCUAUGGCAUUGUGGAGCCACUGAUUGAGGACACGCCCUGCGCCAAUCGCGCCUGCCUGAUAAACGACGAUUGCUGCCCCACCGGGGUCUGCGUUCACACAUACGGCGAGGGCAAAUGCGUUUAUGUGUUUGGACGACAGCGUGAUCUCUGCCAGCGGCACGCCGACUGUCAGCCAGGCAGUGCCUGCAUGCUGGCACCCCAGGAGGGCAUCUGGCGCUGCGAAACGGAGGCGCCACUCCUCACGGAUGUGUUCCAUGUGCGACCCAAACAGCCGCUGGGCAGCGACUGCACCAGCACCAGCGAUUGUCAAGUGGUCAACGGCAUGUGUUGCCAGCAUCAGCGCUUGCAUCAUCGUGGAGCCACUAAGCUGAGCUGCGGCUACUUUCGCGAUGCCUUCGACUGCGUCGAUGUGGGCCAAGAGCACAUGGCUAGCGUUUUUCACCAACGUCGCACUUGAGCAGCAGACAGACAUUCAAAAUUAUCUAACAAAUAUAUAUAUUUAACUGAAGACAACAUAAAGGCAACGUUUAAAGAAUAUA